AUGCUCACUGGAGAUUCACAAGAAACUGCUAAGGCUAUUGCUGGUAGACUAGGCAUGCUGCUGGCAAGUGGUACCAGUCUGUCUGGAGAGGAAGUGGAAAACAUGGAUCUUACCAUCCUGCGGAGCAUUAUCAAUAAUGUCAUCAUCUUCUACAGGGUGACACCGAGAAACAAAGUCAAGAUUGUCAAGGCUUUACAAGCCAAUGGUCAGGUGGUGGGUAUGACAGGGGACGGUGUGAACGACGCAGUGGCCCUCAAGGCUGCAGACAUAGGCAUCUCCAUGGGCAAGUCUGGGACUGAUGUGUCAAAGGAGGCUGCUGAUAUGAUCCUUGUUGAUGAUGACUUCUCAGUCAUAUUGCAUGCAAUAGAAGAAGGAAAGGGGAUAUUCUACAACAUCAGGAAUUUUGUUCGUUUCCAACUUAGCACGAGUAUAGCGGCCCUGUCCCUGAUCACGCUUUCCACACUGUUCAAGCUUCCCAACCCUCUGAACGCCAUGCAGAUCCUCUGGAUUAACAUCAUCAUGGACGGGCCACCAGCUCAGAGCUUGGGUGUGGAGCCAGUGGACCCAGACGUUAUACGACAGCCGCCUCGGAAAGUGAAGGACCCGAUCAUAACACGCUAUUUCAUCGUGAAUAUCGUGGUGUCGGCCGCCAUAAUUGUCUGUGGUACAUUGUGGGUUUUCUGGAGAGAGAUGAGUGACAACAAGAUAACGCCAAGGGACACCACCAUGACCUUCACCUGCUUCGUAUUCUUUGACAUGUUCAACGCACUCAGUUGCAGAUCUCAGGACAAGUCGGUGCUGCAGAUAGGUCUAUUUUCCAACCGCAUGUUCCUGGUUGCUGUAGGGGGUUCAAUAAUUGGCCAAUUGUUAGUCGUCUACUUUCCACCACUUCAGAAAAUAUUCCAGACUGAAGCCCUGUACUUCUCAGAUUUUCUAUUUUUGGUUGCAUUGACUUCAUCGGUAUUGGUGGUCUCAGAAAUCAGAAAAUUUAUACAAAAUGUUCUUGAUCGGCGUCGGAGGAAUCGGGACAGCGAGCAGGAAUCGUACUUUUUUGUUUGAGACCCAUCCCUUUGUAUUUGAUGGUGGUCCAAGUCUAGAUUUGUCAAGACUAUUGGUCGGCAUUUUUAAGUACUAAAUGGAAUACAGCAUUUUAUGUGUUGUCUUUUUGGUAUUUUCCAUUGGUGCAAAAUAAAUUACUUUGUAUAAGAAAAUUGUAAUCUUAAAUUGAAGUAAUAAAAUACCAUUUUAGCAUGUGAUAAACCUGACGCAAAAAAUUAUUGUUUGUAUGUUUAAGUUAUUUGAUAUGAACAUAAAUGUAUAUAAAGCAUUUUGCACUGUAGCACUCAUAUUAUAAAUAAUCACAAUCCAAAGCACAUGCUUUUUAUUACAGUUCAAACUUUGAUGCACUUAAAGAUAGAAUAUGUGAGCCAGGGAAAACUGGGCUUAAUGCAUUUGCUCAAAGUUUUGUACCCAUUUUCAUGCACAGUCUGCACAGACUAUGUGCGACACGUUCAGCCUAGACUGGAUUUUUAGCUAGGAUAUUUUCGGAGAAAACCUGAGGUAUUGUCAUAGCCAGCUUGUCUGCAUCGUGCUUAAACCUUAACAUUGCCUCAAAAUCAAAGUGCUUCCACCUACAACUUUAAAACUUCUUAUGUAUCUGUACCUUGAUGAGUUCUAUGCGCCACACCCAUUUUUGGGUCACUAGGUCAACGGUCAAGGUCACUGUGACCUCUAAUAUAUAAAAAAAUAAUAAUUCAUCUGAUAAGCUUUCAUUUAUUCAAAACUGCACCCGCAGCUGAGUGUUGGCACCCACUAUGCAGUGCUCUUGUUAUUUAGAAGGGAGUUUGUUUAAAAGAACAAAUCCAUAAAAGUGGAAACUGUCGUUCAAGAUAAGGCUGUUCAGACUUAACAGGGUUAUCUGAUAAAAUAUCUUACGCACAUGCAUUGAGCCUAUUUGUCUCAGAAUGCAGUUCCAACAUGCAUGUAUAGGUAAACUUUUUUAACCUCUAGUCUCUCUAUGACAACAAAUUGUCGGAUAAAUCUAAGGCCAGUAAUGAUUAAGGUGUUGAUAUUAAGAAAGGAGAAGUAUUCAAUUAAAUGCUGAACCAUAACAAUGAAGUGGUAUAAAUCAGCCGUAUAUGCUUUUUGAGUAAAAGAAAAAUCGCCUUGAAUCAGUUGGAAUUUCUUUUCAUAAAAAAUGUGUAUUACUACUAUCAGAUAGAUGUUUGUGUAUUUUCUUUUUGGGCAACUAUCCACAAUUAGUGCUGAUAAGAUGAUUGAUGUAAUAAUUAUAAGUAAGUGCAUGUAUUGUUUGCUAUGUGUACUAAUCAAAUACUCAAUACUUAUAGUUGACAUAUGUUAAGUACACAUUCCUGUGGGCAAUUUAACCUGUUAAUUUGCAAAGACUUUGAGAUUUGAGUUUUUAAGUUAUAGAUGCUCAAGAUUAUAAGUUGUAUUUAGUUAUCUAUUCCUAACACCUUAAAGCUUUCUCAACACGUAAAUGGCUAUAUACCUUGUUUAAAUUGCUUAUACAUGGAUAUUGGUAGUUAAACUAAUCUUUCUCUUUAUACUAUGUAAUUACCCUGUCUAGGAAUGAUAAAUGCAAGAUUGAGUGUUCUUAGUAUAUGACAUUGUCAUACAUGUAGUUGCCAAUAUUUGUGUGUCAUUUUAGAGAUUAUUUAUUUGGAUAUAAAAAUUGUUAUUUCAAAAUAUAAAAAAAAGAAAAGAAAAAAUAGUUAUGAUAGAUAUAUACACUUAUUAAUGCAUAGAUCACUGAUUUUAACAUACCAUACUCAGCAAAGUUGUACCUAUUUAUUGCACCAAAGCAGGUUUUUGUAAAACUGUUUCAAAUACAAAGUUGUUGUAUAUUUUAUGUUGUUUUUAUAUGGGUUUAAAAAAUGUAUUUUAUUACUGGUAAAUACAUCAACAUUUGGUAUUAUUUAUGAUUCAUUUUGUGGAUGUAUUUUGUAUAUUGUUUACUGCAUGUGAAUGAAUGGGGAACACUUGUACUGCAUGCAAAUAGUUUACUUUAAGUAAGUUUGCAUCAGGUUUUAAUUCUUUUAAAGUAGUUUGAUCUGUAUGGUCAUGUAUAAAUUAGCAUAAUAAUUUUGAAUGAGUUAUGGAUAGUUGUGUACUGUUUUAUGCCCUCGGUAAGGUGGCAUAUAGCAUUUGAACUGUCUGUAUGUCAGUCCGUCUGAAAACUUUAACAUUGGCCAUAACUUUUGCAAUAUUGAAGAUAGCAACUUGAUAUUUGUCGUAUCUCAUGGAGCUGCACAUUUUGAGUGGUGAAAGGUCAAG